AUGAUGAUGUGGCGGCUUGCUACCAUGUUUAAAUUCGAAUUACUAUGUGCUGCACCGUGGGGUGAGAAUUUGCUGAUAGGAGCCGACGGCGGCCUCAUGUUAUGCGAAUUUGAUCGGAGUCGUCAAAGCAAAGUAUAUGAGCUGAUUUCCCAACGUCGUUUUGAGCAAUUGGCCGUGUUGGAAGCCGAAAAUCUGCUUAUUACAAUUUCUGGAAAGAAGCGAAGGAUAAGGAUAUACAAUCUGGGUUGGCUAAUGCAAAAGCUUUUGGACGCAAAAGGUUUUGCAAGGGGAGCAGCUAUACAAAAACGUUGGAAGAAUCUUGACGACUUGCAGGGCGCUCAACACUUCAAAUCAGUUUGCUAUGAACAUCAAAAGUACUUGGUUGUUGGUUUGGAGUUUGAUAUUAUAAUAUACAUGUGGGAACCUGGGCCUCAUUCUAAGUUCGUGCCUUUCAAGUCUUUCGAAUCGUUACCACAGUCGCCACUCAUCGUUGAUCUGACACUGGAAAAUCAUGUACGUCUGAAAGUGCUAUAUGCUUCAGUUCAAGGGUUUCACGCUAUUGACCUUGACUCCAGUACGAUAUACGAUAUAUACACACCUUUCAACAAACAUGUCGUGCCUCGCUGCAUAGCUAUACUUCCGGACAGUGCUGGAACGCAGCUACUAUUUUGUUACGACGCUUACCUCUCUACCGGGCAAGUGGUGAGUUGGGGACCUGUAGCCAUAGAAAUUUACUCAGUUAAUGCGAGCAACCUCGAUAUAGCUCUGAUGUAUGAAAAAAGUUUCAAAUUCAAAUUUAUGUGUGAGUUUGAUGACGUGGUGUUCUACACCGUAACGGAACCUGAUGGUUCUUCCUGCCGCUUAGAGGGUAUAAAAGGGAUUCAAUCCGCAGCUAUGCUGCAAUCUAAAAGUGAGAAUGGGUGCAUUCGUGUACCUCAACCUUCUUUGCAGGAAUACGGUGUGAUAACCAUGUAA